AUGGAGAUAUCAGAAUCACUACCUAAAUACAUUAGUUAUAUCAAUGAGAGAGGUCAAGUAGUGGACCAAUUGAUUGACUAUGAGUGGCUGCCUACGAAGUGUUCUCAAUGUAAAAAGCUGGGGCAUACAACUUCUUCUUGCAAAUUUGUGGAUGGAGUUGUUUGGAGAAAGAAGGAGGCUGUGACAGCACCUGUAGCAGAAUGUUCUAAACAUAAAAAGACUGCUAGUCUGUCGAAACCUGUCCAAACACCUUCAGCUCAGACUCAAUCAAAGGAGGAAGAUGAAUCCCAACCUGAGAAGCUUCCAAAGGAUCAAGGUUUCAACAUAAUGAGCUGGAAUGUUAGAGGAUUAAAUAAGAGGAAUAAGCAGUUAUCCAUUGUUGAUAUCUGCAAGUUGAAUAAGAUUUGUAUUGGGGCUCUUUUAGAAACUAAAAUAAAAGGAGAGCGAAUUAAGGAGGUUAUGAGUUCAAGCUUUAUGGGUUGGGACUUUUACAGUAUUUUGAGCUUGGAGGGUAGAAUUCUUUUAAUUUGGAAGGCUAGCUAUGUCAAAAUAGAAGUAAUAAAGGAUCAUGUUCAAUUUCUUCACUGCCAGAUUUGGAUUUGGGCUACAGGCCAGUCUUUUUGUCUAACAGUAGUUUAUGGCUCUAACCAGCUGGAGGCCAGGAGAGUUCUUUGGUUUGAGCUAUCUGCUUUAACUUUCCCUGUUAAGCCUUGGUUAAUAGUAGGAGAUUUCAAUGCUGUCUUUGACUCAGCAGAUCGAAUCGGUGGUAAGGUCAUAUCAAUAAAAGAGCAUCAAGAUGGGAACAAACAUAUUUUUUCCAAGUUAGACAGAGUGUUUUUUAACGAAGAUUGGCUUGAUUCAUUUCCUAAUGUCAGUGCCAUAGCGAAUUGGGAGGUAGUUUCAGAUCAUUGUGCUAUAGUAUUGAAGCAUAUUCCAGUCCAGAAAGAGGGAUUGCGUCCAUUUUGA